AAUUUGCUUAACAUUCGAUUAUAUUUAAUAUUUCUAAACUUGAAAAUUUUUCAUAAUUAUUGUUCAGGCAUUUAUGAUGGCUGGAAAAGUUGUUAAAAGUGAUCAGCCAACUGUGCUGAUAGCACCUUCAGAUUAUGAACAUAUUUUCAAAGGUGAUCCCGACACAAUCGCUACAGAUCAAAAAAAGACUGUAGUUGAAGUCAAAGCAAAAAAAGUAUCAUCCGAUCAACCAACGAUUAUGAUAGCACCAUCAGAUUAUGAACAUAUUUUCAAAGGAUCACAGGAUAAAAAAGAAGAUAAAACGAAUAGACAAAUUCGAAAAGUUGCUUCAGAAACACCAACUAUAUUGAUUGCACCAUCGGAUUUUCAACAUAUUUAUUGUGAUCCUACGUUACAAAAAAAGGAUGAACAAAUAAGAAAGAUCAAUAAACCGGAACAAAGCCAAAAACGAGAUAUUCAACAAAAAACUCGAUUACCAAUUGAACGUUCAAAAGGCAAUCAGCGACAGCAACAACAAGAAAAAUAUACUCAUCAACAAGAAAUACUUCCACAUUCUAUCAUACAACUAAUUGAAAGAUUUAUAGCAAAACAGAAAAGGGCUUACACUAUACAAAAACCAAAAUCAAAUCGAAAUCUUCAAUAAAUUAUUCAAUAAUGU